AUGCAGGGGGUCUCAAGACCUUGGAAACCUAAAUUUGGAGCAUGGCUUUACUCUAGUGUGCGGAAGUCACCCACGGGCCCUGGAAUCUGGAGUUUGGCUCUCCACCGAGCACCUUAUCUCUCCACCUUCGCCUUAAGAGUGAAUCUGAAGAUAAAUAUCCCCCCCCCCAUACAUACACCCCUUCUGUCCAGUCCAGGCUCAGAAGCCCACCUGGAGGAGGAGGAGGAGGAGGAGGAGGUGACUGGGCAUUUGGAAAAGAGCAGAUACUCCCUGGCUCGCACUGGGUCCCAAAUUGGGGGGCACAAGAGAUGGAUCCGGGGAGCUGCAUUGCAGGAGACAUCACCGAUGACAACAGAGGAGGAAGGGAACUGGGAUUUUGGGCUAAUGUUGCCACUUUUCACCAAAGACCAAGGAAGAAAUAGAUUGAUGAUUGGGAGCAAUAUUGAGUUUCCUAGCAAGUCUGAAGGGGAGGAUGGGAAUCCUUUCGUAUCUUCAGCUUCUGGUCUCCUGAAGUUUCUGACAAAGAUCUUAGCUGACAGGUACCAAGCAUAUAACUCUUCUAAAGUGUGUGCGCCUGUCAUGUCUGAUCUCAGCAUCAGCCAAAGACAAGUAACAAUUCAAAAAGGGCCACUGUUCCGGAUUAAAGGUUACCAUAUCAGCAUUGGCUGCAAAGUGGCUGGCUACCAGGGACCCUCUGAGCAGCAUUUUCAGUGGUCUGUUUACCUGCCAUCAGCCCCAUCUCGGGAAAUCCAGGUCAUCAGUACCAAGGAUACUGACUUCACUUAUGCAGUUUAUAUGAAGCGAGUUCAAAGCAAAGAUAUCUACAUAGAGAGACUCCAAGGUGACUCAGUGUUGCUACAUAUCUCAAAGCUCCAGAUGAAUGAUUCUGCCAUAUAUGAGUGUCACACACCCAACACUGAUGGAAAAUACUUUGGGAAUUACAGUGCAAAAACUGAACUCAUUGUUAUUCCAGAUACACUCUCUGCAGCCAUGAGACCCCAGACACUCAAUAAGGAUGAAGGUGAGCCAUUAGAGCUUACCUGUUUGGCAUCAACAGACACAGCUCAGCACACUCAUCUCUCGGUCACCUGGUACCUGAAGCAGACUGGAAAAGACAGUCAAGCCACCAAGAUUAUUUCCCUCUCCAGAGAUUUCAUGUUGGUCCCUGGGCCCUUAUAUACAGAAAGAUUUGAAGCCCAUGAUGUAAGUCUUGGCAAGUUUGGGGCCUCAACCUUCAGACUCUCUUUAGAGAAACUCCAGCCUACUGAUCAAGGCCAACUCUCAUGUGAGGCCACUGAAUGGAUUCAGGACCCUGAUGAGACCUGGACACCCAGCAACAAAAAAACAGAUGAAACAACUCUGAAGAUACGCUUAGCAGGGAGAGACAUUCACAUCAAUCUGACAGCUCAGAGCACAUUUACAGAAGGAGAGCCCCUGGAACUGAUUUGCCUGGUUGCAGGCAGAGGCCGGAAUCCCCAGUUUCAAAUAAUUUGGUUCUUCAAUGAGGUGGAGGUGGCCCGCCUUGGUGCUGAUGGCGUUCUGGGGGUGCAGCAAGGCUACGCAGAGCGAGCUCGCAGAGGGUUGUUCCAGGUCUCAAAGUUAGACCCCAAGACUUUUUCUCUCAAGAUUCUCACCUUGGGCCCGGAGGAUGAAGGCAGGUACCGAUGUGACGUGGAAGAAGUGACAAGAACACAGACGGGAUCCUGGCAUGUGUUGCAGAAAACACAGUCACCAGACAGGCAUGUGCACCUAAGGAAGCAGGCAGCUAGACAACUGGUGGUGUCUACCAAGAACAAACAGCAAUCGUUGUGGGAAGGAGAGCCCUCCUGAGCCUCGUCUGCCAGGCAAGGUGGGCCAGAAGGUCUCCUAUCUGUGAGUUGGUGGCAUAUCCCACAGGGCCAACACAAACCAGUGUUUGUGGCUGGCAUGGACUAUAGUGGCACUGUACAACGAGGACCCCUCCUCCUGGAAUCCACCCUCUCCAGCAGCACAAGUCUGGAGAAAGUAAACUGGGCCACCUUUCAGUUAGAGAUCACCUCUACAACCCUCACUGAUGGUGGAACCUAUGAGUGUCAAAUUUCUGAGAGUCCCGGAUGCAGGCCUAGAGACCGGAAGUGGUCUCAAAAGAUGCCCAUCACUGUGCUUCCUCUGGAGUCGAGUUUAAGAUUAUUCUGAAUAGCCGCCCAACCACAAGUGAAGCUAAGUGGUACCUUUGGCCUGUCCUGCUUGGUGAAAGCGGGAUACUCGGCCCUCCAACUCCCUAUCACUGUGACAUGGCUUUUCCAGCCACCGCCAUCUCAAGACUUCCAUCAACUUCUUCGCAUCACUCACGAUGGCAUUAUUGAAUGGGGGGAUUCCCACUGCAGUUUCAAAAGAAAGACAAAGUUUCACAGUCUCCUUUUCUGUCCUCAACUUCUGAUUCAUGAUGCCAGAGAAGAGGUGGGGUGUUUCAGUGUAAAAGUUGACGUUUAUGACAAAAAUUCCCUUCAAGCAGGCAGUCCUGCAAGGCUUCUGCCUUCUCCUCACCCUCUCAGGAUUAGCUGUUCACUUUACCAGAGCAAGCUAAAUGUGAAUACCAGCAGUCAAGUACAAGAAAUCUCUAUUAACUCCAAUACAGAGAUAGAGUGUAGCAUCCUGUCCCAGUCUGCUGGCAAUCUUCAACUAGCCAUUAUCUGGUACUUUGCUCCCAUUUUCACUAAUGCAUGGCUGAGGAUCCUGGAAAUGAACCAAGCCCAGGUUGUAAAAUAUGGGGACCAAUUUUCUCACCGAUGGAGCAAACACAAAUCCACAGUCAGAAAAUUGCCCCAGACUUGUUUUCAGCUGCACAUCCUGAACGUUGGACAAUAAUGACCCAGGGAGGAAAAUACAUUGCGUCGUGGAGAAUGGCUGUUGUCUGCCGAUGGCACUUGGUACAAGCUGGAAGGAAAGAUGUCUGGUCUAACAGAACUGAAAUCAGAGCUACAGGUAAACCUUAUAGGUAGGGGUACGUGUCUCCAAAGUGCACCCUUGACAGAAAACGCUACAGAGCAUGGUGAGGUGGCCAUCACUUGCCACCUGGUAACUGCAGCUCCCAAAUCCUUGUUGUCUGUGAAGUGGUUCGGACGAGGCCCAUCCCCAACUGGGAGUGAGAUGUUGGUGCAUCUGCAUCGGGACGGCUUGUUGGAAUAUGGUGAGAAGAGGCUUCAUCCACAUCUGCACUCCUCUUUCCGCAACUCCUCCACUGAGUUUGUCCUGCAGCUGUGGCGAGUGGAGUUGGAGGAUGCUGGCGAGUACUGGUUGUGAGGUGACUGAUUGGCAGCCUGGACGGACGCAACUGGAAUCAAUCACGCAUGGGAUCAGUCCCAGCGCCUAACACUCACAGUUCUGCCUGCAGAGUCCACAUUCCCUGCCAGGAUCUGCUCAUCCACCUUGUUACUCUAUUUAUUAUUCAUCAGUCCCUUCAUUGUGUUCUUUCUGCUGCUUGUGUCCCUCUGCUGCUUAUAUGGGAAAGCCAAGGAAUUGUCAACCCUGAAGCUAAAUGAAAAGAAGAAGGAUGCUCUCUGGAUGGACAUGAAAGACACUGGAGAUGGGGACAGGUAGAAGAAGAAAGACUAGGAGGAAGAGGACGAAGACCACUGCAUCCAGAGAACCCCAC